UUGCACCUCCCAUCGACUUCGAGAGCGUAGCUUCGGUUUUAGCUUGGUGUCUGGACUCCCUCUCUAUUUAGCCUUUCUUUAUUCUCUUUUCAUUUUGCAUCUCUCUCUCUCUCUCUCUCUCUCUCUCUCUGCUCGCCGCCUUCUAUUCUCUCUCUGUAAUCUCACUCAUUACCUCAAGACUUCAAGCUGGCGAUCGAAAACCAAGAAUCCACUGUGAAGCCCAAGAACAGAAGAAUCAUGGGAGCUGAUGGACCCGAUGAAGAAGAUAACAGAUGGCCGCCAUGGUUGGAACCUUUGUUGAGAGAACAUUUCUUUGUUCAAUGCAAACUUCAUGUUGAUUCUCACAAGAGUGAAUGCAAUAUGUACUGCUUAGAUUGUAUGAAUGGCGCUCUCUGCUCUCUCUGUCUACCUUAUCACAAGGACCAUCGUUGUAUUCAGAUCAGGAGGUCCUCGUACCAUGAUGUGAUAAGGGUAUCGGAGAUACAAAAAUACCUGGACAUAUCUGGUGUCCAAACUUAUGUUAUUAACAGCGCCAAGGUCGUCUUCAUCAAUGAGAGGCCUCAACCAAGGCCCGGAAAAGGUGUCACCAACACCUGUGAGGUCUGUGACCGUAGCCUCGUCGACUCCUUCCGAUUCUGCUCUCUCCGUUGCAAGAUUGUGGGCACAUCAGGAAGUUUCCCGAAGAAGAAGAGGCACAUCUCCGCCGUGGCAUCGGACUCCGAAGACUCGAAAUGUAGCCAUGGAAAGCUGAAGAACCACAACAACAAAGUGCAGAGCUUUAGUCCUUCGACACCGCCUCCGAGUACGGUUAAUUACCGAACCGCGAAACGGAGAAAGGGGAUUCCCCAUCGAGCCCCAAUGGGAGGACUAAUCAUAGAAUAUUAGUCAUA